GUUCGAUCGUUUUGCCGUCAGUCUUUCGUGAACCUUCGAAGGGAUAAAAUGGGAAAGGAUAGCAUAGAAGAACAAGGAAUUGCCAACGUCCGAAGAUCAUUUAUUUGGAACUCAAGGUUCUUAAAAUGCAUGGGAAUUUGGCCAUUCAAGAACUACUUUCCGAUAUUCCUCUUCUUUUUUACAUAUCUUUUCAUUCAUUGUUCUCUAACACUCGCACAAUUGUUUUGGGCUCCAAAAACAAUGGAUUACGUCGUACCUAACAUAGCAGAAAACAUUGAGCUAACGAUGACCCUUACGAAAAUAACAAUUACUAGAAUAAACAGAGAAGCAUUGCGUAAAUUAUUCACGGAAAUCAAGGAAUAUUCAUUGACUGAGAAAUACGAAACUAAAGAGGAAAAAUUAACAUUCGUGAAUUAUACUAAAUUACCUCCAUACUUUAUUGUAAUAAUUGCCUCUACAAUGACAGUGGUCGAAAUAUUAUAUUAUACGUCUCGACUUACCGAAGGACUUCAAAUUGCAGAACAAAACAAUUCCAUGGGUUAUCAGUUGCCGUACAGUACAUUACAAGUCAUCCAUUUAAGGGACAGUAGGAUUUACGCUUUGAUUUGUGUUUAUCAAAUGAUAUACAUACCUUGUAUCGUAUUAGGUUACGUUGGAUUCGAUUGCAUGUUCGUCAAUUUGUCCGUUCAAGUAAUUGCACAGUUCUCCAUAUUGUCUUAUAAGGUGAAGACAUUAUUAAAUGAUUCUAAAAAUUAUCGUGAUGGUAUGAAGAAACUUGUACUACGACAUUAUCGAUUGAUAAGAUGGGCGGAAACAUUGGAAGAUAAUUUUAAUUUCCCGAUUAUGCAGCAACUGUUGGGUACCACCAUUCAUAUCUGCAUUUCCUGUUACUACGUACUGAUGGGUCCAGAAACGAAGGAUAUUUUAACAUCGAUAUUGUUCGUUCUUUAUAUGUUUUCCGUGACAAGUACACUUUUUAUUUAUUGCUUCAUCGGCGAAUGUUUCAUUCAGGAAAGUACAAAUUUUGGUAACGCCAUUUAUAAUUACGAAUGGUACAACUUGCCGGCAAUCGACGCGAAAUUUUUUCUCAUUUGUAUGAUAAGAACGAAAAAGCCACAAUUCUUAACAUCCGGCAAAUUUGCCAUCUUGUCCUUGACAGUUUUUACGGACAUCAUCAAAACUUCAAUGGGAUAUUUGUCGGUAUUACGAACAUUUGUGUGAAAAGGACAAAAGUGAAAUGAAUUACGUAGUAACAAAUUCUUUAUUUUUUUUUCUUUUUUGUUAUCUUUUCUUUUCUUAAGUCAUCUUCCAUAGGAAGACAAAUGGUUUAAAUGGUUUGUCUGUACAUCGUUUAAUUGUAUUAGCAUAUAUAAUAAUAAAUUGUAUUAGAAAUAAUAA